UGCUGAGCCCACUCAUAGUGGCUUUCAACAGAAGCAGAUGUUUCUGUGGAGGGUGGGCAAUGGAAUAUGUGCCUCAUAGUUUCUGCUUUUUCUUGGGCUUUCAGUUUCUCAAUUGUGGCAGUUUUGAGACAUGACAGACAUCACAGAACAGUCUCUCUUUAUUACUGUUUUCCCCCUGGUACUUCCUCAAACCCGUGGGGGUGGGGAGGUACAGCAGAAAUCGUCUGGCACUGAAACAUUGAAAAAAGACCUCUGAGGCCUUGCAAAGGAGUCUUGUUUCAUGUAGGGAGAAUUACUUUGACUCUGUGUUCAUCCUAUUGAACCAGGAACUGCCCAAGAAGUAGAGGAACAGAUCUUUGUCAUCUGGGUUUAAGAAGAACCAUGUCUCUUCCCCGACAGCUGCGAGAAAAGAGUGAUUUUGACCAGCUUCCAGAUGAUGUACCUGUUUCAGCUAAUAUUGCAGAUAUUGAAGAGAAGAAAGGCUUUACUAAUUACUAUAUGUUUGUCAUUGAAGUAAAGCUAAAAGGGGGUGGCAGAUACCUGAUUUUCCGGCGCUAUCGUGAGUUCUAUGCCCUUCACACCAAACUGGAGGAGAGAUAUGGGCCAGAGAGCAGUAACAGCCCCUUCACCUGCACACUCCCUGUACUGCCAGGAAAAGUUUUUGUUGGUGCCAAAAGGGAAAUUGCUGAGAGCAGGAUUCCUAUCCUAAAUGUAUACAUAAAGAACCUGCUCUGCCUCCCUGCUUGGGUGUUGAUGGAUGAGGAUGUGCGGCUGUUCUUCUACCACUCAACCUUUGAUGGUGAGCAGGUGCCUCACAGGCUGAGACGGCUGCGCCCACGGACACGCCGAGUUAAGAGCAUUUCAGACCCAGUGCCUGUUUUUGACCGUACUGCAGCCCCGCGGGCUGAGGCACUGUUUGAUUUUCCUGGAACCAAUAAACUGGAACUCAGCUUCAAGAGGGGAGAUUUGAUCUAUCUCCUCAGCAAAGUAAACAAAGACUGGUUGGAGGGGUCUGCUGAUGGUGCCACUGGGAUUUUCCCACGUGCUUUUGUGAAGAUCAUAAAAGAUUUACCACAGCAGGAAGACACAGUUAAUAAAGUUCGCUGUUAUUACCAUGAUGAGACUGUGAGCACUAUCAGGGAUAUCUCAGUGGAAGAGGAUCUGAGCAGCAUUCCAUCAUUCAAAGACCUGAUGGAAUUGAUGAGGCAGGAAUUUAACCGAGAUGACAUUGCUCUGAAUUACCGGGACCCUGAUGGGGAUCUGAUCCGCUUGCUCUCCGAUCAGGAUGUUGAACUCAUGGUGUCUCAGAGCAGAAGAAGCCCCUCUGAGAAGCACUUUUUCCCUUGGAAGUUGCACAUCACUCACAAAGAUGACUUGUGUGUCUACAACACUAGUCCAGGAACAGGUGCUGCUCAAACAGCAGGAGCCAUCAUUCAUCUGCAAUAGAGACAUCUACAUAGAGACCAGAGAAGGUGAGGAAUAGAGAAAUAAAAUCAUGGGCCAUGUUCACAAAGCAAGCCAGUGUCAGCCUGCAAUAGAGGUCUCCUGAGCCCCCAGACCUGCUCUAGUCUCUGUUCUCACUCCCAAGGCUAGUUAUUUGUUCAGAAUGUCUUCAUAAGCUUUUCUCUUUUUUUUUUUUCCUAGACUCCCAUAAAUUUCUCUUCAUUUGCUGAUCUGAAGGUUUGUGUGCCAGUGUGUAAUUAUUUCUCUCAUGUUGCAGUCUGACUGAGUGUUCACAGUUUGUUCUAGGAGCAUCAAGAAAACUUUCCUGGAUUUCAGUGAAGAAAUUGCAGCCCAUCUUAACUUUCUACUUUUCCACUGACCAGUGGAAAAUAUUGAAUUCUGUGAAUCAAACCUAGUACAUCUGUGGUGUUCCUUAUAGACCUUUAUAAUUGUACAGUCUACUUAUUUUCAUGUUCUGGG